AACAUCCGCUGCCCUAACUGUGAGAGAACACAUAAUCUGUUUACGUCUUGGUUGUUUUGAAACAAAUCCAUCGUCGUCCAUCCAUGGCGUUGAACAAUGGCCUCAGAUCAGCCUCAAAGCUCAUCUCCUCUUCUCAAUCGGUUCUCUCCAACUCAGUGAACCGGGGUUUCCACUCAACUGGGGUGAAGAGAAUGGGAGGACAUGGACAUGAUGAACCAUACUACCUACAUUCAAAGCAUAUGUAUAACUUGGAUAGGAUGAAACAUCAAGCGCUGAAGAUGUCUCUAGGUGUUUUCACUGCCUUCAGCAUUGGUGUUGGCGUUCCCAUUUAUGCUGUCAUUUUCCAGCAGAAAAAGACCGCUUCUGGCUGAGUGAUGAUGUUUUAGUUUCUUGGUUGCAAUAAUAGAAACAACUUGGAAAUGCAUCUAUUGCUGAUUGUUGUUACGAAUUUGAGUUGAUGACAAUACUACAAUUUCAAGGGUUUCCUUUUUCUUCG